CAUGACUUGUCUUUGUGUCCCAUCUCAGUCAUGGUCAGCUACUGCAAGGCCUCGCUUGAUUCAUUGAUAGCUCCCAUCAGUCAAGGUGUUGUGUAGGACGGCAUCAACUUCACCAUCAUGGCCGCUCUAGCUCUCAGCACUCCGCAAGUGGCUGUCGUCGACUUCCAUCAUGCUCGAGGCCCCGAAAUUGAAUUCUGGGUCGACUCGCUGGGUCAGGAGCUCGCCCAGAAAAAUGAUUGGUCCUUGUUGCCCUUUAUGGCCCUUUCUGACGGUGCCCACACCAUGGUGGAGGAUUUUUCAUACUUUGCCUUGUUGAGCAAGAAUGACGACGACACUGACCAUGGCAACCGCGACGACGCUAUCCGGGCGGCGGACGCUCCUUCCCAGUCACCAUCUUCUGACAACCCGCAGCCUCAAACCACUGCAUCUCCAUCUUCCGAUUCCUCCUCAGCAACCAGUCUAUUCGGCAUCGCCUGUACCCGUCAGAUUCGAUCCGAUCAGCUCAAACGUCGCUCGUCAGAUGUCACCAGGAGCACCGUGCAGAAGGCCGUUGUGGUCAUUUCCCCCACUGCCAGAGGUAUGGGGGAAUUGAGACAGAGAGUCGGUGCCGUUACCGCUGCAUGGUUUGCUCAGCAGGACUUCUCCGACAUCACCAUUCUCAAGGAAUUCCAAGAAAGUCUUGACCGAGCGCCCACCGUCCACGAAGAUGGCCAGGAUCAUCACUUCGGCCUAUCCCUCCGUGAAAUGAUUCAUGAGUUCAGACAUCAAACCCUCGCUCUUGUCAAGUGUAUGCUGUUACAGCGCAAGAUGCUCUUCUUUGGCUCCAAAUGCGAACGACUUUGCAUGAUGCAAUUUGCCCUCAUCUCCCUCAUCCCAGGUCUAAUACGCAAUUUGCAAGAUUCGGCGGACCCCAGUCUAGAUUCCUACGCUCAGAAGGCCGAAAAGGUUACAACUCUUAAGACCAGUCGGAGAAGCUCCCUUCUUUCUUAUAUGGGAUUGCCAUUGCAGAUAUUCGGCAAGGGCUCAUUCUUCGGCCCUUACACCCCUCUGCAACAACUCGAUAUCCUUGCCGACUAUGAUACCAAAUCCUACGUCGUUGGCUCAACCAAUAGUCUCCUCCUGCAACAAAAAGAACGCUAUUCUGACAUUCUCAUCAACCUAGAUGAGUCCAACAGCAUCAACGUAACAUCACCCUCUCUGCGUGCCGCGUUGGCCCUGUCCGCCGCCGACCGCCGCUGGAUCGACCUGUUGACCCAGACCGUCCUCGACACUUGGGACCCUCAGAAUCCAUCCCGUCCCAAAAACCACGGCUAUGCCGGCUCUGAAGAUGCCAUCCGCCUGCAGUUCGAAGAAUACAUCCUCUCCCUUCUCUCCAGCGCGGCAUAUCAAACCUAUCACGAUACCCUCCAAGACAACAACAUAUCCUCUGCUGUCGCCAACGUUGAUACAUACCCCAACCCCGAGAACACAGCGGCCGACUUCAACCCGGAAUUCCUCGCCAUGUGGCGCACCACCAACAACUUUGCUCUCUUCCGCCGCCUCACCGAUCAAAACCGCAUCUUUGACAUCAUCGAGCCCCGCCACCCUACCGCCGGCGCUUUCAACGUAGAGGAUGUCCAGAGAAGGUUCCAACAGGGUGUUGCAGAACUUCACCUCGACGAACGGGUCCGAGAAAGUCGAGAGCAGCUGGGUAAGACGUUCGCCAGUGGAAGGGAGAAGGUCGGUGCCGGCGUGGCCAGGUUCUGGGCGGAGGUCGAAAAGGCUAAAGAACAGAGAGCUCUCGCCCGACAGGUCGCUGAGCAGGAGCGGACUGACAAGGCAAGUCGCACCACGAGCGCGAGAGCCAGCGUCGACCAGACAGUACAAGACGAACAGGGCUCGGCCACUGAGUCCCUGCAGAUCACCGACCGCACCUCCACCACAGGCUCACCGCUCUCCCCGGCCGCCUCCAACACCACACUUGACGCUACCCGUAACGAAGGCAAUACAGCAGAUAUUGACAAUAGCAACCAAUCUGCACCAACACAAGGCUGGUCCAUCCGCAAACCCACAUUCCAAAAGCCAGCUGUCGACACUGCGCAGCUUCACGCAUCGGCCCGUGAGAACGCGGCCAAAGCCGGUGCGUAUUUCAGUUCGUGGGGCACGUGGGCGCGAGAAAAGGUUGCCAAUCAAAACCAGACCACCAACACCAACACUAGCACCAGCACUGGACAGAAGCCCGGCGAGGGAAUGGAUGGCAGUGCCUAGAAAUCUUGUCAAGUGUAAAUGAAGAGUAAGACGAGCUCAGGGAAAUGGUGAAAAUGAGCAUGAUGUGGCUUGCUUGGGACGGUUGGAGGGCUUGACCAUAGCACAGGUGCAAGGUGCAUUGCAAUGAUUGCAUGGUUUCGGGGUUGAGUAAAAGACUGUACCGAAGAAGCGGGAAACAAGGACUGCUCGGUGGUCUUUCAGACCUGUGCCGGUUAGAUUCCCCCUAUUGUUCCUCGAGGUCUUGUGUCACGCGAGACAGCGCCGGGUGUUUAACAUAAGAAUUGAUGAGAUGACUCUAGACACGACAACGACAAUGACGACUUCAACGAACGUGGCAAUGCCUAUGAUUUAGAA